CAAAUACUCGAGGAUGCGCUCCUGUGCUCGUCAAAGGAGCAACAAGGAAGAAAUACAUUAAGGAAUCCAGGAAACCUAAUUAUAACAGUGAAGCUGCAGAAGCUGGUCUGGUUUAGUUGUGUGACCCUGUCACGCUGUUGAAGCUAUAUCCUGUUCAACCAACCGACCAUCCAAGGCAGACGAUGGACUAUAAACAGCUUAUCAAAAAUACUGUCCUCCUGAUGCAGUGUUUAGUCACUCAAGUUAUGACUUCAGUUUCCCGGUUUCACAAUACUUGAAGAAAAGAGUUUUGUCACUAGUGGGCCCACUACAAGGAAAUAACAGAUAAUAUUUCAAUAAGUUGCUGUACAAAUGUAUCUCAUUCGAGUCUGUACAUAGAGGAGAGAGUCAACUGUCUCUCGGUCUUCUCACUCCAUUCGUGGAAAAUGGUAUCAAAUAAAACUGGAGUAUCAGCACACAACUGGACCGAUUCUGCGAUCGAGGAAUACCUAGAAACCCUGAGUUUGCAGAAAACUCUUGAACUUUUGACCCCCAUCCUCUUCCUGUCGCUGUUGAUGCUGGUGGGGAUUCCCGGUAAUGCCCUGGUCUUCCUGGUGUUCUGGAAAUACUUCAAGGCGAGCUCCACCCGAGUGUUCAUUUUGGCAAUGGCCGUGUGCGACUUCACCACCAGCGCUGUUGCCUUGCCUUAUACAUCAUCCGACUACGGUUUCACUACAACUUUCCAGACCCUGACCUUUGCAGGGUGAUGUUCAUCUUUCAGAGACUUCCGGUCAUGGCCUCGGCAUGGCUUCUGGUGUCCGUUGCUCUUGACCGUCGUCACCGGAUCUGUCAAGCGUUGAAGCCACAGCUGAGUCCUCGCCAGGCCGUGUACCUGGUUGUGGGGUCAGUCAUCAUGGCUUCUCUGGCAUCAUUUCCCUUCACUCCUUUGUACGGCGACUUGCGGAUGAACACUGCCCAAAGCGAGGUCAACGGAAGCCAGUGUGGGGUCACCAACGACCUGGGCAGCUCGAUGUACAGACAAGCAGAGAAUUUAACACUGAUGUUAAACUUUGUGCUGGGGCUGAUUAUCAUGGUCUUUUGCUAUUCCCACAUCGCACAUCGGCUUCGCAAACAGAAGAACAUUAUAUCACUUGCUCUCAGACCUCGGGUACCAGCGGAGGACACCAGGAACAGGGAACUCAAAGCCGAGUCCGAGGGUGGUAAACGAGGAGACGGUAGCAUCCUGGAGGAUCAUGACGACAGAGAACGAGUAGUGAUGUCGACACCAUCGUCGAGCAUGGCGACGCCAAGCAAUACGCUGGAGGAGGGUACUAUUGCUGAAGGAAAUGUCGAGAAAAGGGAGGAGAGCGCCAGCCGAUCAGAGGUGGGCGUCUGGCGUCGGGGUAGCAGGAGGAUUGGAUCGCGCACUACCCUGAUGAUGUUCGUGCUAACCAUUACGGGGAUAGUCACCUUCCUCCCUUUCAUCGUCCUGGCGUGCAUCAGCAAGGACGAGUUUGCCCACUGUCAGCAGCUGAGUGGAUGGCCAAUGAAUGUGUGUAUGAUCGCGCUGUACUUUCCAAACGUCAACAGCGUCGUCAACCCCUUCAUCUACAGUUUCUGCCACCCGAGGUUUCGCCAGAAGUGUCGUCAGCUUCUUUUCGUAACCAGUCACAGCCAGCUUCGGGGUGGUGGAGACUAAACACGGGUGUGCACCCGAUACAUUUAAACAGGGUUGUUUUGCAUGGGCUUGUGAAGGGUGGAGAUGUUGGAUGAUCUUUCAAGUAUCUGUAUAGAAACGGCAAUGGUUGUCCUAAACUAGUCGCUGUUAGGCAAUGGUUAUCUUAUCAUACUGGCUGUAAGCAAACAAAGAAAGCCCAAGGUUCUUUAAGUCGCAAACUGCCAAAGAGUGAAACAUCCGAAUUCCCGCGUUUUUAAUAGUCUCAAAUGUUCGCCCAUAAACCAGUUUGUGUGUGUGUGUGUGCCACAUAUAACUUGACCAAACUUGCUAAAACAGAGUAUUUGAGUCCUGGCAAAGUUUUACUUAUGUUUUCACUCCAAUGAACGCAUGCUCUUGAUGUCUGUGGUUAUCAGUGACCACAUUUUUUUCCAAUAUGACCUUCCUCUCCCUCCGCCAAGUUUAUUUUCUUCUCUUUGUCUGUGAACACUUCUUGAGUUCGUUUAUGUGUCUCCUUAUUUCGGUUAAUUUUUCAAUGUUUAAUUUCAUGCCCUAGCCACAAAAACAAGACUGUCUAAAACUGAGACACACAUGUCCUUCAUAAAGUUCUUGAUAUUCUUUAAUAUUUGCCUUCCUUAAUAUUUUUUUCCUAGCUUUGUUUUCUUGCUUUUAUUUCAUGUUUAUUUGAUGCUUUUUUGUGUUCUUCUUUCGAUCUGCUUAUCUGUCAGAAAAUAUCUUGCAGCUUUUCUAGCUUCCUGUGCUCUUUAAUCUGUCGCCAACAGAUGUUGUUUUCCUUUCAGCCGGAAACACAAGACAAGUGUCGCCCAACACAACACGUGGACUGAGCAGAUGGCAUUCACAUGGCCCGUUCUAUUCUUGCAUAAUUUUACACUGGUACCUUUAUUUCAAAGAGGUUUUCAGUCAAAAAUGGUUAAUAUUCAAGUGGUGUUGACUUAUGGCAUUGUAAAGGUGAUGCAUAUUUUUCAAACUGAUGUCGAAUUCUAUUUAAAUUCAAAUAUGACCCAGUUUACGGCAUUGAUGCACUUUGACCUCACCUUGUUCUACUAUUUUGACUAGGGCCGAUUUCUGGGCUCUUCUCCUCCCAUUUUUUAGUUUUCAUUUUGUAGAAGGGGACAUUAAUUUUUGCUGUAUUCUCCUUAUCGUGCUGCCAGAGGCAGCGUGAAGCCGAGACUCAAGUGUUACCUUUAUGAUCGAUGCCAGAACUCAUCUUGUCAGUUUAUCCUUUUAUCAAAGUUAUCAAAGGUCUAAUAGCAAGACUGAAGAAGCGUGGAUCAACAUUAACCGAUUACAUAGGGAUUCUUGAUGAGAUAUACUGAAACCUGGUUAAAUAAAAGUGACUAAUCUAGAUGUCACUGUCUUCUUUGGCCCAGUCGGACCAGACAGACCUGCCACAACUACCGAUAAAGAGUCCGGGAGGCUGAAUAACUUUUCGCAAAUGUCGCACCGGAAGAGGUGCCUGUUUUUAAGUUUAAAAAAGUUCACAGUGAUACGGAAAUUCUUCGAGGAAGGAUGUGUACUCGCGACCUUGACCUGAUCACGAUUGUUUUACUCUCAUAUUACCAAGAGCAUUGCCCUACCGUUCUGCUCACUUGGUGUAUAUUCAUCCCAGGGCAAAGGUCACCAACGCUUUACAGCACGUUGCUGUAACACACAAUUUCGACUUUAUUCGCUUCUAAAUUCAUCUUAGCAGACUUCAACCAUCAAGACCAGACACAGGUUCUUAAGAUCUUUGACCAGCAUAUCGCAUGUCCUCGUACUCAGCGUUUAAGACCACACUUGACCUUUUCUAUGAAACUGCUUAUAGCUCUUUACUCCUUCCCAGUCUCGGCACAUGAUAUCAUCUGAGUAGAGCACCAAGAGCUAGACUGUAGAUGUUACAAGUUUAUGAGGCUGUUUCGCGUGUACAUACUGUAAAGUCUUUUGAUACACAUAUACUUAUGUCGACGACUUGGUCAACACCAUAUCCUUGUAAUCUCCUUGUGUAGAUCAUAUCAUUCUGUCAAAGCGAUUACCCAGACAACAAACCCUGGGUGACAAGAAUCAUGAAAGCAAUACUGAAUGAAAAAAACAUGUUUGUUUUUCACGGGUUGUGUCCAUGACAAGAAACCCGCAAUGUGUUUGUUUGUCAGGCCGUGUUGCUAUAUAGGGAGAACGUGGACCCCAACUUUAGUACAGAUCACAUUCGUGAAGGUUGACAGGGCUUCAGGAACAUAGCCAUUGUUGAAGGGAUCGGAAAUCUCACUCUGAGGUGUAGACAGUACGGUUAUGCCAAAUGCUGUCAAUGCUUUGUUUACUCGGUUUGAGACACACGCCACACAGGUAAUAUUUACACCUGCACUGCUCUGAACAUUUUCUCUGGCCGUAAACAGAACGGCGAAAACUUGAUCUGUGGACUGUUAGUGGCCCAAAACUAAUUACAAUUACAGUGUACAAAUCUAGGAUUUGUUUUACAGCGGUAUGGCGGGUAUGAUUGUGUUAAAGUAUUGUGAGUGUUAGUAUUGUACUGUGGUUCGAACCCUUGUUUCCUAACAGAGCUGAUACUAAUUGAACUCUGGGAUAUUAAAAGCUGUAUGUUACCACUGGGAUAAAUAAAACUGUAUCUUUUCUUAUUUUCUUUCCACCCCACGCUCUCCCUUCUCCCUUCUC